UCGUGCCUUCCCUUCCUCCCUACCUCUGUUCUUCCUCCUCCCAUGGAGGAAGUAACAGUUUUGCCUGUGGUCACCACCGUGGUGGACGAAAACAAUGAGAUCCCUAGCGUAAGCGUUGAGGAGGCUAAAGAACAGAUCCACGGGGACGUUGCCAGGAUCACCGCUGCCGUGAACAACGAGGAGUUGAGCGUAGAAUCUACCAAUGGCGCCGACGACAAGAUGGCCGAGUGCAGCACUCCCAUCACGAGGAUUGCGUCCUGUCGGCCAGCCGGCAAGAAGCGCAGCGCGUUCGGCCUCUUCAGGGCGAUGUUCCUGUCCUUCGGCGGGAGCGGGAGCGGCAGCAUGAAGAAGAGGGACGACGCCACGUGCCAGCAGAAGAAGGCCAGCGUGGGCGACGACAACGACAGGCUGCCUGCGGCGUCGUGGAAGACCCUCGUGGACGGCAUGCGCCCGCUCCGCCUCCGCGGGCAGGAGCUGGAGUACUACCCGCCGCCGCCGCCGCUGGGGCAUGCCGACGUGUACCAUGACGUACUCCUCGCUCCGCCGUCUCCGGCGCGGUCCGGCUCUGAUGAGGGCGGCAUGACCAGCCGCUACGCGUCCGCGCAGGACCUGUACCUGCUGGACAGCGGCGAGGAAGAGUCUGCUCCGGCUGUGGAGGGUGGCGACGGCGGCAGCUGCCCCCACGCGAUCGACAUGCAGGCGGAGGAGUUCAUCGCCAAGUUCUACGAGCAGUUCAGGCUGCAGAAGUCGGAGUCCUUCAACGGGCGCGCCACCGAGUGAUCCAUCGAUCCGCAUGCAUGCAUGUAACCUUCUUGAUCUUACAUCACAUUUGCAUUUCUCCGAGAUGAAGAGAAUUCAAUGUGGAUCAUGAAGAAAUUGUUAGCGGAGAU